AUGAGAAAGUCUAAAAAUUCGCGUCGCCGAAACUCGCGCAACGACAAGACGCUGAUGACCGAAGACGAUGGCACCCAAAUGGAGACGGGCACGGAGAAGAGGAAAAAGAAGAAGGACAACAAUGCAACCCGGUCAGUUGAAGAACCAUCGGUUGCCCCAGCCUCCAAGGGUGGCAAAAAGUUGGGGGCAGGGAGAGAAUCGCCCGAGUACAAGAAUGUGAUGCUCGAGUUUGUGAAGCAUUGUCUCGAGGCUGGAGUUCAGGCCAAAGCUGCCGAGUUCAUUCAGCUGAAGCAGGAAACCAAUGUGCCCGGUCCCAAAACCGCUUUCGACGCCAAUCCGACAAAGAAUCGGUAUAAAGGUAGGGAUUUUAGUAUUUUAUGUUGGUAAAGUAUAAUUUUUGAUCUUGUCAUUGCCUGCCUUGAUAUUUUCGUUCGCUUUUCAUUAUUUUCAUAUUUUUUAUUGUUUUUGUUGUGAAACUACUGAAAAUUAAUUACUUUCAGAUGUCAUUUGUAUUGAUGCAAGUAGAGUACGUUUGUCUGGCGUAAACGAUUAUAUUCAUGCUAACUACAUGGAUUAUGAAGGUAUGUUAAUAUAAAAAUUUUUGGAUAUUUUAGUAUUUGAGCUCUCGAAUUUAAAAUUUGAGUUUUUUUUAGUUUUUAUUAAAAAUGUCAAGUUUACUGCUUAAGAAACGAAUAAAAUGACGUUGUGCUGAAUUUUUAAAAUAAUAUUUUCAGGUUUUGAUCGAAAGUACAUCUGUACCCAAGCCCCGUUGGACAAGACAAUAGAGGAGUUUUGGAAGAUGAUAAUGGAGACAAAAUCCGUGGCAAUAGUCAUGCUGUGCAAUAUCAUGGAACAAGGAAAAAAGAAAUGUGCUCAAUAUUGGCCAGAUGCAGAUGGGGCGUCGGUAAGUAUUUAAAAUUAUUUUUUGAUGUUUAGGUGAAUUAUGUGCAUAAUAUGCAUUAUUUAGAGCACGCACGGUGACUUCACGGUGACAAACAAAGGCGUAAGACAGCCGGAACAACAGCUCACCGAAACCGCGUUGGAAGUGAAGAAUGCGAGCGGUGACACUUUCAACACAACUCACUUCUUCUGGCACGGUUGGCCGGAUCGUGGCGUGCCGGAGGACUCGAUGGCGUGCUUCAGGUUAAUCAACAAGCUGAACAGGUACUGUCCGGUCAUGGUGCACUGUUCGGCCGGAAUCGGGAGGACAGGCACAAUCAUUGGACUGGACUAUGCCCAUCAACUGUUGAGGAAAGGCGAGCAAGUCAGACUGAAAGAUGUGGUCAAGGAAAUGCGCAAACAUCGACAUAACUCUGUCCAAACUGCCGUGCAGUACGUUUUCAUGCAUCGUGCUUUGAUAGGCGUGGCCAUCAACAAAAAGGUAAAGGUUUAGGCUGGGAUUUUGAUAUUAAUAUAAAUUUGUAUUGGCUAUUCUUUGUUAAUUUACAUUUUUUACUGAAAAUAUUGAUUUUUCUUAACUUUAUCUAUCAUUAUAUUGUUUUAAAAUUAAUUUUCUAACUUUAAUUUGCAUUUUUUAGUUCAUCACUCAAUCUGAAUGCGAGAAAUACCUGGAAGAAGUACAGAAGUACAUUGAUCUUGUGGAACUGAAGAACAAAGGCUGA